AUGAGCGGUUUCAUAGAGCCUAUCCUUAAGCUUUGUAAUUUGCGAAAAGCUAUCCUCUUGGUCAAAAAUAUUAAAAUACCGCUAAUGACCUUUCUUCCCCACAAUCAAGAGUCAGUGAGGUUUGUCCUUGUAGUGUUAGCAUUUCACUACAAAAACCCUUUGAUUUCACCUGUGGUCCUGCAAGAGCUGUUUGUUCAACCGAACCACCAGGACAUUGAACCUGCGUUUGAAAAACGAUCAAAAGCCAAUGGCUUACUUUCCGACAAAGCCAGGCUUGUCGUCAUGUUGCAGGAAAUCUCUUUUAUGCUAAUGCAGGAACCACGUGGAAGCUCAUUCCAGAUUCACUCUAGUAGUGAAGUGCAAAUGGAAGGUGAGAAGCAAAUGUAA